UACAGGAAGUGACGUUUUCAUUUCCACAAGAAGAGAAGGAAGGAUCUUAGACAGAGAAGGGCAUACCUCCUGCAGACGUUGAGGUCAUACAUCGAAGACAGGCGCAACCAAAGAACUGGCUGCAAUGGAGUCAACAAUGGGUCAAGCACGGUCAGCAGUGUCCAAACUGUUCGGCGGAGAGCGCAUCUACACGCGCUUCAACCCGGCGCAGGAUGUUGACGGGGACAGCAGCCAGGUGGAGAUGAAGCUGGCCACCGACGUGGAUGAAGAGGCGCCCAGCUCCGCGGUGGACCGUCGCGCCCACAACACGAACGGGCCCCGGCUCCGCCGCCCCGGUAAAAACGUUGCCUUCAUCGCCAUCAGCAUCUUUCUCAUCUUCAUCAUCGGGUUUCUGAUUGGCUACCUGACCAACCGUAGGCAGGAAGCAGAAUCCACAGUCUGCAGGCACGAUGUUUCCACUGUAGAACCCCCCCGAAAGUGGCGCGAUGUAGAAGUGGACCCGGAGCUGGACUGGAGCGAUAUCCGGAAUCUUCUGCAGGAGAGGCUAACGGCCGAAGGCUUCAGCAGCAGGCUCAGUGAGCUCUCUCUGGACAGCCAUGAGGCAGGAAGCAAUGAGGACAGGCUGUUGGCAAAUAAAGUGCAUGAUGCCUUCAAGACCUAUGACAUGUACCCUUGGAACGAUGAGCAUUUUGUUAAGAUCCAGAUCCUCCCCAGGGACUCUUCAAACAGAGUGCUGUUUGGCCAAGAGCUGAUUGGCGUAACCAGGGGAUACUUGUCAUACAGUGCUACUGGCACUCGACAGGGCAGGGUGGUGUACGCCAACUAUGGCAAACCAGAUGAUUUUAAGUACAUGACGGACAUGAAAAUCGACUUGAACGGGACCGUCGUCCUGCUCAGAGCCGGCAAGAUCAGCUUUGCUGAGAAGGUGGCCAAUGCGGCCAAACUGAAAGCAGCCGCUGUGUUGAUCUACCAAGAUCCUGCUGACUAUAGCUCUGUGUCCACCACUGAACUCUAUGGUCACGUCCAUUUGGGGUCUGGGGAUCCCUACACGCCAGGGUUUCCAUCCUUCAACCAUACGCAGUUCCCUCCGGUCAAGUCGUCAGGCCUACCAGAAAUCCUCGCCCAGACCAUCACUGCCGACAUGGCCACCAAAAUCGUCAAGAAAAUGGGCGGCAUCAGUGCUCCCAGUUCUUGGCCUGAAGGACGUCUACCUGGGUUCUCGAGGUAUAAUCUGGGUGGUGAAAACGACACCGUUACAGUGGAAGUCAACAACGUCCUCGUGGAGCGGAAAAUUCACAAUGUUUUUGGAGUUAUUAAGGGACUUGUGGAUUCAGAUCGCUAUGUUGUGAUUGGUGCCCAGAGGGACUCUUGGGGUCCUGGCUACGGCAAGUCAACCGUGGGCACCAGCAUACUGCUGGAGCUUGCCCGUGCCAUCUCAGACAUGGUGAAGAAUGGUAAUUUCCAGCCCAGACGAAGCAUAGUCUUUGCCAGCUGGAGCGCUGGCGAGUAUGGGAGUGUUGGUGCCACCGAGUGGCUGGAGGGAUAUUUGACCAGUCUGGGUUUGAAAGCUUUUUCGUAUAUCAAUCUGGAUGGUGCUAUUACAGGGCACGAGAAAUUUAAAGCGGCUGCCAGUCCACUGCUUUACACUUUGAUCCAGAACACAAUGAAAGAGAUUAAAAGCCCCAUCAGGCCAGAACCCAGCGCGAAGUCCCUGUACGAGCAAGUGGCUGGGUCAGACUGGGAGGGGGCAGUGAUGGAGGCCAUGCAGAUGGAGGACUCCGCCUACCCCUUCAUGACCUUCUCCGGCAUCCCCUCGGUCUCCUUCCGCUUCGCUGCGCUCGAGGGCUCUGGAGAUUACCCCUACUUCGGCACUCUGCUGGACACCAAGCAACGCCUGGACCAGGCCGCAGGCCAGCGCACGGCCCAGUUCGCCGCCUCCGCCGCCCAGUUCGCCGGCCAGAUGGCCCUCCGGCUGGUCCACGACCACCUGCUGAGGCUGGACGUGGAGCGCUAUGCCCGCCGCCUGCGCAGCUUCGGGUCCAAGAUCAAGUUCCGCGUCUACCAGGCCAAGCAGUCCGGCGUCCUUUCCGGAACACAGAUGGAAGCGCUGUCUGUCGAUUGGCUGACGUCCGCUGUUGGGUCCUACAACCGCGCCUCAGAUGACCUGCUCAGAGACAUAGAGAACAGCGACCUGAGCGAAGUGGAGAUGUGCCGUACACUCAACGACCGCAUGAUGAGGGUGGAGAGUAACCUCCUGUCCCCCUACGUGUCGCCGAAAGACACGCCCUUCCGCCACAUCGUGUUCGGCUCCGGCUCCCACACCAUGCAGGCUCUCCUGGACCACCUGAACGCCAUCAAAGAGCGCUUGCCAGACUCCGACCAAGACCUGUUCCGGAACCAGUUCGCCCUGGCCACCUGGACCGUCCAGAGCUGUGCCAACUCCCUAGCAGGCGACGUGUGGGCAAUGAACAACCAGAUUUAAGAUCAACCCCGUACCCAGUGCAAAAUGAAAAACCCUUUCUCGUUUCAUUUGGUUGGUAUCACAAAUUGGGUUUAAAAUUGAACCCAACUGGUAACAUCCCCAUAAAAGUCCUGUUCUCUGAAGUUUCUCAUCAAGUGCUUAAAAUGUAUUUUUAAAGCUUUUAUCGAAAGGCUAUCACACAAAUAUAACUGGGCUCAAAAUUAACAUGAAACUGCAAAACAAUUCCUAAAACUCCCAUGACCAUCAGAAGUCAUAUUUCUAUCAGUCACAAAAAAUGGGGCUGACGUUUCUGACGGAAAUGGUCUGCAGCUUUCAUGUACAUUGGUGAACAAAACUCAUCGUUGCGUUCACACACUGGCUUUUACACAUCAACCCUAAAAAAAAAAAAAAGAAAAAUGCAUUCAUGCAACCUCUUAGUUUAAAGCAGAGCGGUUGAACAAGAGAGGAACCUCACUGUUUGACAUUGAGAAUCUGUAUUUAUUAGUUGAAUAUUUAUCAGUGACUGUGUUCACUAUAAAUAGUAUUUAAAUUUUGUAUUUAUCGGAAGCAGUGCCUUCCAUAAUUGUGACGGUUAUACUGUCGGCUUUUAAAGCAGCAUCUGCUACAGAAAUACGUGUUACCAACAACUGUUACUAGGAAACUGUUGUGUGCUCCAGCACCCGAUGGACCUUGGCCAGAACUUGAUGAUUAGUUGAAGAUGUUUUGGUUAUAUUUUUAGGCCCACUAUUAAUGUAAACAGUUUGUUCCCACUGGGGCAAGCAAGCAAACAUAAUUGACAUUAAAAAAAGAAUAAUAAUAAUUUGAAAAAAUUAUUGCACUUAUGAACAGGUGAUCAAGCUGUUUCUGGAACAAGUGAUUUGGUACAUUUUAUUUCUAAUCCUAAAAUAUUAUCGGGAGCAGUGUCUUCCAUAAUGUGAAAAGUGACGGUAGUUUUUGCCUACCAGCGUGUGUAUAUCAGGACAUGUACUUCGAUACUUCCAAACACUCAAAGCCAUCCUUUUAGUGUAAUUUAAUCGCUGCUUCUGAAAAUCUGUUUCUGCUCCCAUGUACUGAGUAGUUUACCUGUGCCUUGCCUUGUGCUUCUUGUAGAACAAGUUAUGAGAAUCCUCUUACAGUUUCAGAAUUUGGUCAUUUAAAACAUCACUUUCACAUUGAUUUUUUCCCCCGUUUUUCAAUUAUCUUGGUGGCAUGUCAUAUUAAAAGGUAAAUCGGUCAAAGGUCAAAACAUUAUCACUGUUUGUAAACUGACAUUACUGAUUUGGAUGAAGGAUGUGGGUCAAACAAAAAUGGAAGGAUUUCAGGAAAGCUCUCUCAAAUGUUACUUUGAUGCAUUUAUGUGGAGGAAUAUUCACCCCUCCAUCACUUUCCUUACUUAUUCUGUAAGGUUAGCUAAACCAUGGGAUUAAUUUUUGCAUCAUGCAUUGCAUGCCAUAUGAAUUCAUGAAAUAUGAACCCUUUGAUGUUUUACAUUGGGAACUGAAUGAUCAAGACUGCUCUCAGUUGUAUUAAAAUUAUUUCCUCAUAGAUGCAGUCAUAUGGUCUUCAUUUUUCCUUGGACUAUUGUAGACUAAGCAACUGUCUUGAUCUUUUCAAGAGUUCCUUCAACAUAUUAAUAUUGUUUUGAUUAUUUUAGUAUUCCCAUGGCUCAAUACUUGUUCAUUUUCAUUAACAAAAACACAUGCUUGUUCUCACAUUACAAAACAUGCUUUUUUAUAUUAUUGGUUUGGUUUUUGAGCAAUUUUGUUUGUUUCUGUAAUUCUUAAUCUUUUUUCUGCUUUAACAUUUCUGCUGUUUAUUUAAAAUCGUUUGUCGUCAAUGAGCGUUUUAUGAUUGAAGAUUAAAAAAUAAUUUUGGUGUUUGGGACUGUAAAAGAUCUUAUCUGUUCUGCAAUAAACCUCUACCCAGCUA